AACACAGCCGCCAGCAGGUGUUGCAGUUGGCGUCGCGUUGCAUUAACUUUUUCGUCGUGUUGCGGAAAAUUUGAGGUGAAAAUGUUUACGCCAAAACAAAAGAGCCACACCCAAGGUGUUGCAUGCUCGCCGCACACGCCGCUCAGUUUUAGCCGCGAGCUACGUCAGGUUUUGCAAGAGCGAAACCUUUUGACAGCCAAGUCGCGUAAAAAAGUGUGUUCUAUGCUGGACAGCAACUCCAGCAGCCCCAUUGGUUCACCCAAUCCGGAAGCAGGCAAACGCAUCGGCUUCCGUCUGCAGGCAGUAGAAGAGAUUAUCACGUCGGAGAAAUCCUACUUGGAGCAGCUGGAGCUGCUAAUGAAAUACUUUGUGCGCCCGCUCAAGGAACAGGCUAUCAUCGAUGCCGCCAAUCAUACAGCACUUUUUGGUCAAAUCGAGAUGAUACACAAUUUGAAUGGCGAGUUCCUACGCGAGCUGGAAGCCAAUAUGGAGAAUGUGGCACAUGCGUUCCUCAAGAUGGCUCCAUUCUUCAAACUCUACUCUGUUUAUGCGUUUGACUACCGUGGUGCAUUGUUCAUAUUACAAGAUCUGAUUAGCAAGAAUCCAGUUUUUCGCAAAUUUCUGGAGGAGAAUGAGAGCCGACCGGAGGUGCAGCGUAAGCUAAAUUCCUUGAUGAUUGUGCCCAUACAGAGAGUGCCACGCUACAAGUUGCUGCUGGAACAGGUGCUGCUCUACACCAGUCCAGCCGAUGCGGACUAUAAGCUCCUGAAGGAAUCUGUCAAGGAGAUCGAGGCAACGGCCUCACACAUUAAUGCCUGCGUGGAGGAGCAGGAAAUAACCCAGUAUUUGAUACAUCUCCAGAAUUCGCUUGUCAACCGCACGCCCAACAUUGUGAAGCCUUCGCGACGUGUCAUCAAGGAGGGCAUGCUCUACAAGAUUACGCACAAAGGGCAGCCGAUCAAGCGGUAUUGUGUGCUCAUGUCGGACAUAUUUAUGUAUUGCAAGGUGAUCAAGGAACGUACGCCUAACACCCAAGUGGAGAACUCGCUCGAAUGCUGUUGCAUUUUUCCACUAAAGAAGUGCAAAGUUUAUGAAAUGAUGCCCGGAAAUUUCAAGUUGAGCUGCCAGAGCGAUGGCAUCAUCUUUGGCUGCGAUGAUCUACAGGUGUCACGCACCUGGGUGGGCUUCAUACGGGAUGCCAUCGACCUGCAUGUGCAGUGCCGCAAGACAUUGCGCAAAGAUUCCAGCAAACGUACGCCCAUCCGCAAAAAGGAUAUGAAGAAAUUUGGUGCCGACUAUGUACUGAGUCCCAACAAGCGCAAAUGCGAUUAUGAGACUGUUUUUCGCAACAAGAAUCGCAGCACGGAUUCUGAUGAGGAGGGCAAUGAGUCAAUGGGUAAUCACAUUUGCUUCCCACGCAAGCGCAAGUACUCGCAGCAAAUGCCACAACCGUCCACGUCCACUUUGUCCGUGACUGUGAAGCGUCCUGCGCCACCGCCGCCCACCGUGCAGCUGCGUAUCAAAGAGGAGCACCUGUCCGCUAGCAAGGAGAAUCGCAUCUCCAAGCUAUACAAAAUGAUUGCCACAGGCGGCGGCGAUAAGACCAACAACUUGCGUAGCAUAUUGAAGCGUAGCAAGCCGACUAACAGCCAGACACUUGAUUCGGAUCCUAGUUAUGGUUUUGCCAGUCGCUACUCCGACUCGAAGUCAUAUUUCCGUGCUCACAACGUGGACAAUACAAUACCCACGGCCAUCAAGCGUGAGGAUCUGUUUGAUGCGGACAUGGGCGAUGGCAACUUUCGUGAUGUGCUCUUUCCAUUGCGCUCGAGUGGAGGCAGUCAAAAAAGUGGCGGCGUCGGGGGUGGCUGGACAACACCCGAACAGACUCUAAGAUCAACUGAGGAGGAUGCCUUGUAUGCUGUUCCCCAGAAGAAGCGCGUCAAGUUUGAUGAUGCGCUAGGUGCGUAUGAGCAGAAGCCCUUUGUAUUCCCCAGCAGUGGAAGCAAUGCAGAAGCCAUGAAGUCUCCUUCGCUAAGGGAACGUAUUUAUGACUUUUUUGCCAAUCUCUUUUAGAAUUAGAAAAUAUAUUGUCACACAUCAUAUCACUGAUCUAAUUCAUAAUAAAAGCAUUUACUAC